GUUGAAUCAUUGUUAUAAAGUUAGUAGAUUGUGGAACAAGGCAGAUUAUUAUGGGCUGCAUUUGCUCAAAAGGAGCAGCAGAAGAUGAAGAAGGUGUUGUUUAUCAUCGUGAGAAAGCAAAUGAGUAUUGGAACAAAUCUUCUUCUGUUCAAUUGAUUGCUCCUCUGCCUUCGAAUAAAGACGAUUUUUCGCAUAAAGCCGUAGAUGGAAGCUCUGGUGGUGGAAGAAGAGCGAGUGGUUUAAUUGUUCCUAUUGAUGAUAGUCAUGAUGGUAAGACUGUUAUUGUAGAGAGACCUUCAAGGUCUCAACGAGGAAGGAGAGUUUCGGAUAAUGGGAAAGGAGGAGGGUUGAUUAUUUCGAAUGUUCCGCGUAGCGCAGAAGCAGAGCUUAUUGCAGCUGGUUGGCCUUAUUGGUUAACCUCUGUUGCUGGUGAAGCUAUUAAAGGUUGGGUUCCGCGACGUGCUGAUUCCUUUGAGAAGCUUGACAAAAUUGGACAAGGGACUUAUAGCAUUGUGUAUAAGGCGCGGGAUCUUGAGACGGGUAAAAUAGUGGCGAUGAAGAAGGUUAGGAAAAAAGCUGAAGCUGUGAAGUGGCGUGGACACGAAUCUGUGAGACGAGGUUUAAGAGACUCCAAGAUAACACCGGAGUUCAUUGCUUCAGGGCAUUCAAACGUCUCAAUCACCACCCCUUCGUUCAAGAAAGAAAAACGCUUUAUGGAUACCAAUUCAGUGAUCCAUCCAAGCUCUAGGAGCAAUGUAGGUGAGGCGAAGACUAGCCGGUCCAAUAACGUGCCUGCUACAAUGGGAGACUACUUAGCUAGUGCUUCACAAAAGGAGAAUAUAGUUUCAAGAGAACCCACAACGACAUACAUGCGAAAGAAGAACAGAAUGCACUAUUCAGGUCCAUUGAUGCCUCCUGGUGGUAACAUCGAAGACAUGAUGAAAGAACACGAGAGACAAAUCCAAGAAGCUGUACGUAAGUCCCGCCUUGAGAAAUCUGCAACAAAUAAGAACAAAGAUAUCUCAGUCAAAGCAUGUGCUUAGUGAAACAUGAAACAAGAGAAACAAAAUCAACACCUGAACAUGGU